AUGUCAGUUCUCAUUGAAGGUCUCCCUGAUGCUGUUGCUAUACGAUGUCUUGCGCGGGUCCCAUACCACCUGUUUCCAAAACUAGAAACCAUUUGUCAUUCAUGGAGGGAUGCGGUUCGAAGCAAUGAACUAUUCAAAGCCCGUGAAGAAGUCAACUCAACCGAAGACUUUUUAUGCGUCUGCGCGUUUGACCCCGAAAACGUAUGGCAGCUCUACGAUCCAAAUCGUGUCAUUUGGAUCACUCUCCCAAUCCUUCCUUCAAAAGUCAGAAACUUGGCCCAUUUCGGGGUUGUUUCAACCGCCGGAAAACUGUUCGUUCUUGGUGGUGGCAGUGACGCCGUUGACCCGUUGACCGGCGAUCAAGACGGUAGCUUUGCCACCAACGAGGUGUGGGCGUACGACCCGGUCCUCCGGCGGUGGGCCCCACGUGCCGCCAUGAUUGUCCCACGGGUGAUGUUCGCGUGUUGUGUUGUCAGUGGGAAGAUAGUGGUGGCUGGUGGUUUCACCACCUGCCGGAAAUCGAUCGCGAAGGCGGAGGUUUAUGACCCGGAGAAGGAUGUUUGGGUUUCCAUCCCGGAUCUUCACCACACCCAUAACUCGGCGUGUUCCGGGGUGGUGAUUGGGGGUGAGGUUCAUGUGGUGCACAAGGGCUUGACCACGGUUCAGGUUUUGAAGAAGGAAGGGUGGCGGGUUCAUGAGCAUUCAUGGGUGCAUGGUCCGAUGACUGUGGUUAAGGGGUCGUUGUAUGUGAUGAGUCAUGGGGUUAUUUACAAACAAGAGGGGGAAUCAAGGAAAGCGGUGACUUCGGCUUCGGAAUUCAAGAGGAGAAUCGGAUGUGCUAUGAUGGGAUUCCGGGAUGAUAUUUAUGUGAUUGGAGGUGUAAUUGGACCCGAGGGAUGGAAUUGGGAUAUUAAGAAAAUGUCGGAUGUUGAUGUUUUGACAUUGGGGAGUGAGAGGCCCGUGUGGCAGAAGGCGCCUCCUAUGACUCGGUGUCGGGGAAUGAUUCUCGGGUGUGCGGAGUUGAGAAUUUAG